UUAUGAUGUGUGGAGUCCUGGCCGUGAUGUUUGAACACUACGAGGAGGCCCACACCUUCCUGGAGCUGGCCGCCAGCUUAGACCCUCCCAGUGUGGCGGCCUGGAUGCUGCUGGGUUUGCUGCACGAGGGUCAGAGUGAAUCCUUCCUGGCUGAGAGAGCUUUCCUGGAGGCCAGGAGAGUACUGAAGCAAAGCCAGAAACAAGACGAGAAGAAAUGCAAACAGGAGAAAGAUGAGGAGAAUAAAGAGGAGGCAGCUUCACCUGCACAAACUCCCACUGAGCACCAAGAGCCAGAGAUCGUUGACCAGGACUCAGAGAUGCACAAAGAGCCUCCAGCUCAGAGCUGCAGCUCCACACCGACUCCAGCCAAGCUCCCCUCUGCCGUUUACUGUGAGACGCUCCAGUUCCUGCUGCAGAACAACGCCCUGCAGAUGGCAGAACGUGCUCUGUCCCAGGAGCUGCUGUGUUCAGACGGAGGUCGUAGCGUUUCCUACCUGCUUCAUCUGACCGAGCUGCAGCUGCUCAGAGCAGACUACUGCAGUGCUGCUGCCAGCCUGCAGGAGGCGCUGCUUUGUGGAGAUCAGGAAGCAGCUGUGUGGAUUCUGAACGGCCACUGUCACUACCUGCAAGGUGCGUUCAGCGACGCCCAGCAGAGCUACGAGUGGAGCCUCACCUUCCUCCAGCAGCCUUCAGACGUCCACAUCGUCCUCCUCCGCCUGGGAUCCAUCUACCUCCUGAAGAAGGAGUUUGGAAAAGCCAAAGUUGUGUACCUGCAGGCCUGUGAACGGUCUCCAUCCUGCCUCACCUGGCUGGGCCUCGGCAUCGCCUGUUACCGGCUGCAGGAGCUGAGUUUAGCAGAAGAAGCUCUGACUGAAGCCAACCACCUGGACAACCAGAACCCAGAGGUUUGGGCUCACCUGUCUCUGCUCUGCCUCAGGACUAGAAGACCAGAAGAAGCAGAGCUGUUUCAUAAACAUGCUGUCAGGUUCAACCUGCAGAAUGAAUCUCUGCUUAAAGAGUUUGAUGAACUGAAGGACAGUUUUCGCUUCCAUCAUCUGGCGUCUUGUUUCCAAAGCAGCGGUGAAGCAGAGGUCUGAAUCCCACACACACACGUCAUUUUAAAGUAUUUUUUAUUGUAUUUUAAACAUCUUACAGACAGUGAAGAUGACAAACUCCUUAAACUCUGUUCAAAGUCGACAAAGCAACACACGGAUAUAAAACAUCUGGAAUAAAGACUUUAAAAACGAGAAGAGAGAGAGAAGGGCAUGUGGUGACUGACGUUUAUACAAAAACAUUCUCUCACUUUUUAGGUCAUUUUCACCAUUUAAAGAGCAGAAUUUGGCACAAUCCUCGCUGCACUGAAAGGAAACGUAUAGAAUAUGUUUUUGGCCUUUCAAAAUAAAAGCAUGUUUUUGCUCACAAAAUGUAUUUUACAGAUGAAUGUUAGCGUUUAUCAAAAUGUAAACGGCGUUAUGAUUGUAAGUUAACUGUACUAAAGAGGCCGCUUGUUAGA